AGCAUUACUGUGUUGAAGGAAACUGAUAGGAAAGGAUGGAAGCGGUAAGGUCUCAGAGGAAAUCUUUGGUGUCCACCGGCGUCAGUUCAAUACUUCCUCUCUAUCGUUCUACCCCUCCACUUGAAGUCCGUCUUGAAGAUUUUGAGCUUUACUCCAUUGAUCGCCUCCGAGUUCUUAAAGGUAUUUCGGAUGCUUUGUCUAGAGGAAAGAAGCCCGAUGAAAUGGAGAAAUUGGUGUUGGAUCUGUGGAAAACAAAUAUGAGGCAUCAACAUUCAUCUGAGCUCCUUAAUAAGGACAUAAUUUCACAUUUUGUUUUGCGACUUGUUUAUUGCAGGAUGGAGGAGUUAAGAAAAUGGUUUCUUUCAAUUGAAACUACCUUAUUUCGUUACCGUUUCUGCGAUGAACCUUCUGAAAUUCAGGUUUGCCACAUUUUCUAUUCCUCUCACAACAUCUUUAUGCUUAUUGUUUGUGAUAUAAUAAAUUUGGACGCAAAGAGCGCUAAUGGCAGAGUUUGA